CCGGUCGGUCCCUUCAUCAGACGGCCGGUGGCGUGCUUGGUCGUGUUUUUAGAGCUCGCGCUACAUUCCACACGCGCUGAGAGCGGGAUCAACGCACAGUGGGAAAAACACAGGAGAGAGACACACACAACAACCGCCCGAGGACCGUUUACCGAGCUGUUUUCUGUUUUAUAGCCUUUUGUAAGAAUCCACAGCGGGAUAAUUUCAGCACAAAUCCCAGCAGAGAGUAACCGUGGAAGAUGGGUUCAGUCCCGGCCGUGUCUGUGCUAAUGCUGGCCAUCGCUGUUCCGAGUCUAGCCGGAUACAUUGAGGCGCUGGCAGCUAAUGCAGGUACCGGAUUUGCCGUUGCAGAGCCGCAGGUUGCCAUGUUUUGCGGCAAGCUCAACAUGCACAUUAAUAUCCAGACUGGCCGCUGGGAGCCGGACCCUUCUGGAUCCAAAACCUGCGUCGGAACCAAAGAAGGAGUGCUGCAAUACUGUCAAGAGAUGUAUCCUGAGCUGCAAAUUUCAAAUGUGGUGGAAGCCAACCAGCCAGUCAAGAUCGAGAACUGGUGCAAGAAGGACAAGAAACAGUGCCAGGGCCACGCUCACAUCGUGGUCCCCUACAAGUGCUUGGUUGGGGAAUUCGUGAGUGACAUCCUCCUGGUGCCAGAGAAGUGUAAAUUCUUCCAUAAGGAGCGUAUGGAUAUGUGCGUGAGUCAUCAGCAGUGGCACGGUGUGGCCAAAGAGACCUGCUCUAAGGGGAACAUGGUCCUGCACAGCUACAGCAUGCUGCUGCCCUGUGGCAUCGAUAAGUUCCACGGCACUGACUACGUCUGCUGCCCGUCUACUCGUCCUGAAGAGCCCGCACCUCCUGCUUCACCUUCUAUAGAGCUAGAUGAUGAGGAUGAAGACGAGGAGGUGGAGGAGCCUGUCGUUGAGGAUGAGGAUGAUGAAGCAGUAGAGGAGAGUGAUUCUGUUGCCAACGAGCCGCCCACUCCAGAGGACACAGCUGAAGAGGAGGAGCAGGAGGAGUCAAGGUAUCGGUAUCGUUAUACUGUGGAAGAGGAUGACCGAGACAGUGAGGAAAAGGAUGUGAAGAAAGAGAAAGCUGACAUCCCUGAAAGCCAGGAUGGUGACAAAACUCUGCAGGAACUGGAAGGCAACAAUUUCGACUCCGAGGAGUACUGCAUGGCCGUGUGUAAACGUUUGACCGUGCCGCCCACCCCUCAACCCACAGAUGACGUGGAUGUGUACUUCGAGACCCCAGCAGAUGAUAAAGAGCACAGCCGUUUCCAGAAGGCCAAGGAGCAACUUGAGAUCAGACACCGCAACCGCAUGGAGAGGGUGAGGAAGGAGUGGGAGGAGGCUGAGAGCCAGGCCAGGAACCUGCCCAAAUCUGAGAGACAGACUCUGAUCCAGCACUUCCAGGCUAUGGUGGAGUCCUUGGAGGAGGAGGCAGCCAGUGAGAAACAGCAGCUGGUGGAGACUCAUCUUGCCCGGGUGGAGGCCAUGCUGAACGAUCGCCGUCGUCUUGCCCUGGAGAACUACCUAGCCGCUCUGCAGGCUGAUCCACCAAGGCCCCAUCGUAUCCUGCAGGCUCUGAAGAGGUAUGUGCGUGCCGAGAAUAAGGAUCGUCAGCACACCAUCCGCCACUACCAGCACGUCCUGGCCGUGGACCCUGAGAAGGCCGCCCAGAUGAAGUCCCAAGUGAUGACCCACCUGCGGGUGAUUGAGGAGAGGAUGAACCAGAGCCUGUCUCUGCUCUAUAAGGUGCCCUACGUCGCAGAGGAGAUCCAGGAUGAGAUCGAUGAACUUCUGCAGGAUCAAAAGGCAGAUAUGGACCAGUUCCUGUCCUCCAUCUCUGAAUCUCAGCCUGAUGUUACUGUGUCCUCUGAGGAGAGCGUGGAGGUUCCUGCCUUUGAAGGAAAGCCUUUCCGCCCCUUCCAGGUCAACACUCUGGGCUCCCCCGCUGAACCCGAGGGCUCUGGCAUGAACAGUCUGGAUGGUCUGAUUGGAGCAGAGGAAAAAGUCAUCAACAGCAAGAGCAAGAUCAAUGAAAAUGUGGUGAUUGAUGAGACUCUGGAUGUUAAAGAAGUGAUUUUGAAUGGUGUUGAUCCUCUGUUCAGCCGUGGAUCAGAGCAGGAGACGUUCCGCCCCCUGGUGGAUGAUUUCAGCUUCGGAAGCAGCGCUCUGAUUGGCCUGCUGGUGAUUGCAGUGGCCAUAGCGACUGUCAUUGUGAUCAGUCUGGUGCUGCUGAGGAAGAGGCAGUAUGGCACCAUCAGUCACGGCAUUGUGGAGGUUGAUCCUAUGCUAACUCCAGAAGAACGUCAUCUGAGCAAGAUGCAGAACCACGGCUACGAAAACCCCACCUACAAAUACCUGGAGCAGAUGCAGGUUUAGCGGCGCUGUGGAGCUAGAGAGGGGUGAACAUGCUACUGACCAAUUCUAAAACUGCUCUCAAAUCAUUUCAUGCAUUUGAAAUGCAUAUUCUGGUUCAUUUCAAGAAAACAAAAAACAAUGCUUUAUUAAUACUACUACUUCUAAUACUGCUACUGUUGUACCAUGGAGCGCAAUUUUAUGCUCUUGUAACUUUUUUUUUUUUUUAAUUUGAAAGUCAAUGGUUUUAAAUCAGGAGAACAUGAUUCGGCAAAUUAGCCUGGAAUUGAUUUUCCGUAAUUGAAAUGGGAACGUAUUGUAAUGUUAUUUUAAAUGUUGAUUUUAUAAAGUUGUGUUCAAAUCUAGUCUAUAGAGGUACAGCAAAGCCAAAACAAUCAAUAUGAGACAGCAGUUUAUCUACACCAUCGCUGGCCGCCGGAUAUACUUCUUUUAAAUAGAUUGCUUGUAUAUGAAGGUUAUUUGUAACGACUUAAAUGUAUAGUGAAUCAGAAAAUAUGAAAAGAAAAUCAUUAAUUCAUUUACUUUGUAAUUAUUAAAAACACACAAUAUACAUAAAUAGAAAAAGUAGAUGGUCAACUUAUUCAUAGUCAUAUUUUUUUUUUCCAGAGCUUAAAUCUUUGCUGGGUUACAGGUUUAAACUUUGAGAUUGAUAUUCCCGGUCCAAACAUCUGAUACCAUCGCCUGUGUAAGGUUCGAACUGAAUGGCGUGACGGCCUGCCAGAUAUUUUGGCUGAUUGUGAAUGUAGAGGUGCACGAUUUCUGUAACAUUACCACGUCAUUUGUUUUUAUCUUUUGGUUAUGGUGUCAUAUACUUGAACCAAUAAACGGUGUGGCCCCUGCAGAUGGUCAGUGUGGAUUGGUUUGAAGGGCCACAAGGUUAGGGGCCUCCAAACUCCCAUAUCACACUAAAAUCUCUUUACUCGGAUUUUAUUCAAUGAAUGUUAUUUUUCAUGCCGUUACACUCCCUUUUUAUAGUAAAUCUGGCGUGAUAAAAUGUUGCAUUCAGCUUAAGCUUAUCACAAUUGUACUGCAUUUUCAUUUAAUAGCUGCCUAAUGAGAACUGUCAUGGAGAAUUUGAUCAUGUGGCACACAUUGCUUAAAUCAAAGAGAGCAUAAAUACGUUACUGGAGUCAUCUGUAAUUAUAAUACUAUGAUAUAUUACUUCAUAAGUCCCACAAGGACAUACCCUUGAAAACCAACGCAAAAACGCACUAAAGUUACCCAGCUGGAGGCCAAGGCAAGUGCAAGAAAUGUUUUGCAUGUCCACUACGAUGGAAGGCAA